AUGACUGUCGACACGCCAUUUGAAGAGUUUAUGCCGCCUUCUGUGCCCCAAAAGAAAACUCACACAACUCACACGCACUACAGUAACGUUCCUCAUGGUGUUUCACGUGACCCCCAUAAACCGUGCAUUCUUGGAGUUGAUGAAGCCGGACGAGGACCGGUACUGGGAUCCAUGGUCUACGGCCUUGCCUACUGUACCAAGGAGUUUGCCGACGAGGAGCUAUCGAAAACGGGGUUCGCCGACUCCAAGACUUUGACGGCCGAAAAACGAAGCGCUCUGAUGCGCGAAAUCUGCUGUGAUGAGACUCUGGUUGAGCAUCUGGGGUGGUGCACUACGUCUAUGACUGCUCAGGACAUUUCGUCGGCCAUGUUGCGACCCAUGUCUCGUGGUGUGUACAACCUGAACGACCAGGCACACGAUACAACUAUGGCUUUGAUCCAGGGUGUGCUGGAUCGAGGUGUUCUUCUGACAGAGGCGUACAUUGAUACAGUGGGACCCCCCGCCAGUUACACGGCCAAGCUGAGCAAGCAGUUCCCCCACAUCAAGUUCACUGUCACCAAGAAGGCCGACUCGCUGUUCCCCAUUGUUUCUGCGGCCUCCAUUUGUGCCAAAGUGACCCGUGACAUGGAUCUCAAGUCGCAAGAUCUCAGUGAGGGCACAUGGGGCUCGGGGUACCCAUCUGACCCCAAAACGUCUGUCUGGCUCAAGAGUCACGUGGACCAGGUGUUUGGAUGGAUGCCUGUGGUGCGGUUCUCCUGGCAGACAGCCAAGGAUCUGGUAGAGAAGGAAGAAAAGGGAGGUGUGGAAUGUGUUUGGGCCGAUGAUCUCAAGAGAGACUCAAAGAGCGUAGAGGCGUACUUUCGAGCUGCUGCAAAAGACAAGACAAAGAGUAAGCUGGUGGUGAGUAGUGAGUGGUAUGGAAUGAGUGUCGGAAGCGAUGUCUUUUAA